AUGUACUCCAACAAUUAAUUAGAUAAUCCAAAUCACUCGAGGAGUCAAUAUAGGAACGGAGAUCAAAGUGGAAUUUAUGCUGGAUCAGAUGAAGAAUUUUAGGUCCUCGUUAGGAAAAGCGACUUAGACGAUGUAGAUGAAGUGUUGAAGAUAAUCGCAUAGCAUGAAAGAGAAGCAAAUGACUUACUCUACGACUAUCCUAAUCUGCUCAGUCUCUUCGAAAAAAAUUAUUUGAGUGUAACUAUCUUGAACCAGUAAUAAUAGAUAAUAGGUGCUGCAGUUUUUAACGAUUUUCCUCAAGGACUUACAGGAUAGAUUGAUUUCUAGCACGAAAACUUCUGGGAAAAUUGGAUCUUUGAUGCUUUUAAUUUUGAUGAAAGCAUUUGUAUCACUCCAUUUAACACUUUAUGGAUGACUUUCUUCUUUGUAGCAAAGGAUUAAUACAAAUUUAGUCAAGAAGAAGAGCUGAUAAUUUGUUAAAAAGUAUUUUAAAAUGUAUACGCUACACUUCCUCAGUUAGAAGGUAUUCUCUUCUUAAAAAGAGGUGAAACUAUGGAAGAUAAUGGAGCUUAAGCAUAAAUAUCAAGCAUUUUGGAAAACAUUUUUAUUGAAGUUCCUGUGAAAGACAGAGAUAUUAUUAAGAGAGUAAGAGGUAUCCACUUGAAUUCUGAGGUAUUCUAUUCUCCAAAGCAUGCUUGCUAAGAAAUUAUUGAAAUCAGAAUGGCUCGUGAGUAAGAUCAUGAUGAUUUAGCUGAAAUCUUUAACAGAUAGAGUGAAGUAUUGACUGCUCAGUUUGGUGAAUUCUUUAUUGCUGAUUUGAUUGCCACAUAAAACUUAACACGUAGAGGAACUCGUAAAUUUUUAAAUAAUGGUAAAGCAAUUGUUGGUCAAGUAAGAGAUAAAGCUGUUGGUUUGAUGAGUAUUUCAACUGAUAUUGACUACAAAUUUUUGGCUCAAUGCUUUGAAUUAGAGACUUAUGAUAAUUUGUUUAAGCCUGAUUUCAUGGAAGCUAUAUAAAAUAAAAGAGAUGAUAUUAGAAGAGAAAAUUAAUAUAGAGAGGAAGACUAAUAUCAAGAAAUAGUUAAAAAGAUGAACGAAGAAAGAAUGAAGAGUCAUUUUAUUGGUUAAAGAAUGACUCUUUAACAACACUGUAGAGAAAAGGAAUAAGAAAUCGUUAUGAAAAUCGAUGAAAUAAUUAAUAAUGAUGCUAUCUAAAAGAAUCUUACUAAAAAGUAAGUUGAAGAAUUCUUAGACGAAUGGUUAAGAGGUUAUGAGUUGCACUAGCCAUCUGAUCUUUUUUACCAAUAUCCUCAUAUUUUCCCUAAUACAUAAUCAAUCAUUCUCACUCCUAGGUAGCUUUUAAUUGAGACUCUCGAGUUUUUCGGACUUCCUUAACAUUAUAUGAAUGGAGCUGGACACUGGAAGGAUUGGGUCCAAAAGAAAAUGGAAGAAAAGAGAAUAGCUCAACUUAAGAGACCUUAGAAGAAAGUUACAAAGAGACCAAAAAGAUAGAAAGAAGAAGAUAAAAAAGAAGAUGAGUUCAAGCCUCCAAGUUAUUUUGAUCUAACUCCUUUCUAAAGCGCCUUUAAGAAAUUUUUGGCUGUAAAUCCCGAAGGCCGUACUAUUUUUAGAUAAAAAAUAGAAGCUAGUAUGAAAGUCAUUAAAAUGAUGUUCUGUAAUGAAAAUGGAGAAAUGAAAGAAGAAAGACACGUAGAUCUCAAUGAUUUAGGAAAUGAACUCAAUAAAUAAAAAAUGGAUAUUGCUCCAGAAGUUUGUGAGAAUUUGGCUUCAUUUUUAGAAUGCUUUGGUGAAAUAAAGUAUGAAGAAGAAAUUAUUAUGGUCAAUCCUCCAAAAGAAGAUACCAAUCAAAAUGCUAAGAUAGCUCAAACUAAAAAAAUGUUUGCUUCUGAGUAAACUGAAUCAAAGCCCAUUCCUAAAUUACUUAAAAAAACAUCCUUUUAAGAAUUCUUUGAUGCAGUUUAUAAAAUGAAAGAGUUCGAUAUUAUGAUGAAUAGAUUAGAUAUUACAAAAAGCACUACUUUAAAGGCAGAAGUUAGCUAGAUUGUAAAAGAAGAAGCUCAAUAAGAAAAGGCUAAGCAAGAAAAGAGAAGGAUUGAGAGAUCUCCUAAUCCUUAUGAUGAUUAUGUAAAGAAUCUAAAGGAUUUAGAUAGCAUUCCAGAAGUUCCUAUAGACGCAUAAAAUGCGAUUGUCAUAAAUUUGUUUUGUAUUGAUGAAAAUUUUGAGAGUAGGUCACUUGAUUUUGUAGAAUAUGCUUUUAGUAUUUUUGGUGACAGGGACUAUAUCAUAUUAACUCAACCUUUUACUGUACCUGAAACUACAUUACUUUAGCAAUUCAUUAAAAUUCCCAUGAAGAAAAAUAGUACUUUUGAUCACGUUUUAUACAUUUAUCAUAAAGAUUGUUUACUCAGUAAUACCUUGUUCAUAAGAAAGAGUAAGCUUGAAGAUAUGUAAUAUGUUGCUCCCUUGUUCUCUAAUUUAAUUAAUAAGUAACAGAUAUAUGAUGAUACUUUGGAAGCUAUCACAUAAACUGCUUCUAGAAAAGUUGCAUUUUCUGUCUUCUGUGACUAAUCGCUAAUUGGUAUUUACGUGGUAUCUAAGAACGUUAAUUUAGAUUAUUACAUUUCUCAUUUCUGUGUAUAAGAUCAUAUAAUUUUAAAAGAGCAUCCUAUGACAUGCCAUACAAAAUUAAUCCAUACUGCUUUGAAUCCUCUAUUUACCAAAAACACUAGGUUCAUCCUUAAAGAAAUAUUACGUUUAAUGAAUAAGACUUGCAUGUAUUUCGAAGUUCAAGAAAAGACUUUGCUUCCUGAUGUAUUUAAUGAAUUAGUUUUUGUUCGUGCAAGAUAAUUCCCACAUUUCCUUAAAAGAAAAUGGGACUUUGAACAUGAUAAAGAACAUUUUGAGCGUGCUGGAGACCUAACUGAAGUCUAAGAUGGAAAAAGAGAUGCAUUUGACUAAGAACAAGCUCCAUUUUCUUUAUCAGUCAUCACUAAAAAAAUGAUGAGUAGCGUAAAGGUUAAUAAUAAUACAAGAAUUGUUGUGGUUGGUGCUUCUGAUACAGGCAUUUCAUUUAUAGAAAGCUUACUUUCAGUAAAGGAUAUUAAUUUUACUCACAUAACUUUACUUGCUCCUGGUGGCAUUAUGACUAUGCACAUUAAUCUGCCUGGAGACUAGUUAAAGGCUUUAUCGACAAACUAUACUCUAGAAGAAUUAAAAAAUUUAAUGCUUGAUGCAAGAGUUAACGUUUUAGAUGCAAAAAUGGUAGAGUUAGAUAAGAAGGGCAAAAAGAUAAAAUUGGAUAAAAAUGCUGAACUUCCUUAUGAUUACUUGGUGAACACUGUAGGAUUAAUUGAUACAGAAUUAUAAAAUAGAAGACUUAUCUCCACAGGUUUAUUCUCAUCUCCAUAUUACUAACAACUCUUGGAUAAGUAUGGAAGAGAUCGUGCAUAAAUUGAAGAAGGGGCACCUCCUAUUUUUGGCCAACAUCCUGUUUAUGGAAAUUACGUAUAAGGUGUUUAUAGCAUAGAUGAUCCAUACCUCUACGAAGAAUUCAAGAAAACAGGAAAGAAAGACUCUAACAUUGAUUUGUUGACUCGUAAAAAGAGACCUCAAAGUAUUACUAUAUACGGAAGAACAUUGCACACUAUUGCUUUUAUCUCUGGUAUGGUCAAUCGUGGCGUACAUCCCAAUAGAAUUCAUUAUGUUAUUCCUCCUAAAGUUUUUGAAACUCAAGUUCAAUUUAAGAAUAACACUGAGAGAUUAAUUUAUGAAGAUAAGAGAAUCAACGAUCCAGAUCCAUUCGAUGAUCCUUCAGUUGAGUAAAAGAUCUUUGAAUUUAUGGAAUCAAAAGGAAUCUAAGUUCAUAAGGGAUACAAUCUCCAUUAAAUUGAUGUUGAUGAAGAAACAAGAAUUUGUUAGGGAGUGGUAUUCCGUAAAAAAGCAGAUAAUUAUGAAGAAAUUAUUUAGCAAAUUGAAAUAAAGAAAUAGCAAAUAUUAGAGCGCGAUGCCAACAGCGAGAAUGCUGACAAGGGAUUUGAUGAUACCCAAAGUCGUGAUGGCGAUGAAGAAAAUCAACCAAUAACUCUUGAAUAAGAAAUAGAAGAACUAGAAAGAAAUAAAUUUGAUGAUAUUGAAAUUACAUCUCGUUUUUUAGUAACUUCAGGUUUAGUUGAUAUUGACAAAGAAAUCUUUUAUAUUAUUCACGAAAAUGGUUUAGUAUAUAAUGGUCGUUUAAUUGUUAAGUCAAACUUUUAAACUACUGAAAAAGACAUCUUUUGUUGUGGUAAAAUCUGUGAAUUCUCUCAGAGAUACAAGAGGCUUUCUAUAGGAAGAUCUCUCCGUUUAGACAAAUAUAAUGGACGUGAACUAGGUCAAAAAUUAGCUAAGUGUCUCUUAGAUAGCUUGGACUUAGGAUAUCUUACAGAUUAAAUUUAUAGCUUGGGAGAACUUCCAAAUCUCUAUAUGCCAAUUGGAAUAGGAGCAUUCCUACCAGGAGAUUUGUUCUAUUAUCACAUAAAAAAGAACGACUAUGCUAGACCAAGCAAAACCAUGGAGGCAGAGGAUAAUAGACAAGACAUUGUUUCUGACAAUAUUGAUCAAAAAUAACAAAUUGGACAUUAUAUUAAAUUUAAAUUUGAUAAUAAUGGAAUCAUUGAUUAAGUGACAUACUUGGGCACUGAACCUGUAUCUGUUUAAAGUCUAGUUUCUUUUGUAGGUUUAUCAGAAAAAUGCCUCAACCAAUUAGAUGUGCGUUUCAAGAACGGCCUUAUUCCAAAUAUUUCUGAGUUCUUAAGUGAAAACUGGGCCAUAGGUCUCUAUCAUGAGUGGUUCAGCGAAUUUAGACACAUUACAAAAAUGGAAAUGCUCCAAUCUGAAAAUAUUUAAUAAAUUUUAGAUGAGGCUGCCAAAUAUGCUCAAGGUGGUGGCUUCCUUGAUCCUGAGUUUAUUGAAAAAAUAAAAGCCAAAAUAUCUCCAGAAAUAAUAAGUUAAAUAUAAUAAGGAACUUUAGAUUUUAUUAGAGAAAAUUAAAACCAUUUGCCAAUGUAUUAUGUACCUCCUAAAAAAGUAAAUGUAGAUUGA